CAACAUUUGAUAGCAUUAAGAGACAUGCUGGUUCAAGUGGAGUGCAAGGGAAUCCUGAAAUGGGUAUGCUUACCCAUGAAGGAUGACAGCUAUGAUUACCUCCAAUUCAUCCAAGAAGUUUCAGCUAAGUUUAUCUUGCCAAAUGGAACUGAUGUGGACCUGAAGGACUCCUCAGGAGUUGAUGUUGCUGAUGACAUUUUUGAUGAGCUAGUGAGAUCUGCUGCAGUGUCUUUCAAGGUGUUAACUGGGGGCUCUGCUGAGAUGGAGGUGUCUUGAAGCCUCCUUUUGCUCAGAUGAGGGGUUAUUCUCAUCUAUUGAGUCUGUGAGUUCAGGAUCCACUGUAAUUACAGAGUGCACCAAAGCACGGAGAAGGCAACUGGUAGAAGGACCACCUGACAGUAAGGUGGCAAAAGAUAUGGAUGUAGCGCUUCAUCAAAAACCAGGGGGUGAAGACAUAUUUAAAGAGUACAACAAAAACCAAAGGCCUUUCUGAUCAAACACGAAAGAAACUUGUUAACAUCUUGGUGGCGGAUAUGAUCAAGAGUCAUGGGAGGGUCCCAACAGUCAAUGUCCGCAUUACCUAUGCCCUGGGAAUAGUCACCCUUUUCCCCUAUUUGAAGGAUAAGGCUUCACCAACUGGUUAUGAACAUUACUAUGAUCCUCACAGUGGCCAGGGUUACGUGGCCUACAGAUUGAAGACGGUUCAGCGCAAAAGUUCAAGUGUCUGCAAAAGGAGCUCCAAGACUGUUUAUCAAGAUGGCCCUAAGACCUUGCGCGAGACAUCAACAUCUGAGCAGUCGUCAGGUGAUGAAUGCAGAGAAGCGAUGUCCGUAAUAAAGCAUUCAGCGGACCGCCCAGUUGUCAAGGAGAAAAUGAAGGCGACAUUCAAGCACCGUCAGAAAAUGCUACAUGAUCCAGACCAGUCUUCACUCAUCCUUGAUGACUUCCCCCGAUUCUUGGAUACACCAGGCUUGAUUGACCAAGACUUCACAAUGCUCUUUGGAGAAGACAUCUCAGGCAAGUUUAUCGCAAAGUGGCCAACCUUCUACAAACCGAGGAUUCUCACUGUCUGCAAAGGCCUUCACACUGGUACUCCUGUGGAUGACCUUCUGUCUGAGGAAUCAAAUGAUUAUGGAUGGGACAGUGACUUGGCAGCUAUCCUCAUGCUCGUUCACAUCCUGCCUCCAACUGCAAAAGGAAAAAGACAUGGGAAAAUCAGUGCCUGAAGCUGUUGACCAUGUGGUCAAGUUCAUGAAGGUGGGGACGAGCAUGGUGACCUUCCUUGAAAAGGUUGGAUCAGCACAGCCCUUCCUUCUCUGCGUUGGAGAAAAGAAGAAUAGUAUCCAGACCAGGGUAGGAAAUGUACACAUUUUUGGGGGCGCAAUUUUUGCCCCCACUGACUGAAAUCCAGGGGCAUUUAAAAAAAAUUGGGGGCACUUUUUGAAAAUUGUGAAAUAACAUUUAACCUUUGUUCAAGAUAAUGAAUAUGCUUAUUUAGGCUAACAGUAUAUGAGCAAUUGUCACCAAAUGGCAAA